CAAUAACAAUAACAAAACGCCAGCACGGCUGCUAGUAUUAUAUAGUCUUGUCAUGUCAUGGUUUUCUUUUCCUUUUCCUUUUCUUUUGUCUACAAACUCAAACUCAAUCCUUCUGCUAUUUUUCUUCGCUAAUAACACCACGGAUAGACCCUUAUCUUGGUUUUCUCCUUGCCAUUGCACCCAUUUAGCAUUCCGACCCUUGCUCUAUCUCCUUCCCAACACUACACUACACCACACAACCACACAGCGCACCACACCCAUACCCGCUUUAGCUCAACCAUGGCCAAGGGCACACCAUCAUUCACUUCUGAAAGCCUUGCCGCGCUGAAGCAGCGCUACAGCAACGCCGGUCAAGCCCACGUGCUCAAAUUCUUCGAGGACCUCGAGGACGAGACUGCAGCCGCCUUCUUCAACCAGCUCAGCGGCAUCGACAUUGAGCGGUGCAACGAGUUCUUUGACCGCACGGUGCGCAGCCCGGCGGGCGCAGAGGAGGAGGAGUCCGUGGAGCUCGAGCCCCUGGCAUCAGGCUCGUUUGCGUCGGCCCUGGAGGGAGGCUCACAGGCCGACGACCUGGCGCAGUGGCGCGCCGAGGGCAUGCGUCUGAUCCGCGAGAACAAGGUGGCUGUCAUUCUGCUGGCUGGCGGACAAGGCACGCGCCUCGGGUCGUCGGCGCCCAAGGGCUGCUACGACAUUGGCCUGCCGUCGGGCAAGGGCCUGUUUGAGAUCCAGGCCGAGCGCAUCAAGCGGCUGCAGCAGAUUGCCGCGGGCGCGGGCGAGCAGCCGGCGACGAUCCCCUGGCUGGUGAUGACCUCGGGGCCAACGAGCGCCGCUACGCAGAAGAAGUUUGCCGACAGCGCGUUCUUCGGACUCAAGCAAGAGGACGUGUUCUUCUUCAACCAGGGUGUGCUGCCGUGCUUUGACUUGGACGGCAAGAUCAUGCUCGAGUCCCGCGGCCGUGUGGCCGUGGCGCCCGAUGGCAACGGCGGCAUCUACGAGGCCCUCAGGCUGAGCGGCGCCCUGGACUGGCUGCGCGCGCGCGGCGUCGAGCACGUGCACUCGUACUGCGUCGACAACUGCCUCGUGCGUGUCGCUGACCCCGUGUUUGUCGGCUACGCAGCGCUGCGUGGUGCCGAGUGCGGCGCCCUGGUCGUGCCCAAGAAGUCGUGGGACGAGCCCGUAGGCGUCAUCUGCAUGCGCAACGGCCGCUAUGGCGUCGUCGAGUACUCGGAGAUCAGCACCGAGACCGCCCAGCUGACCCGCCCCGGCACUGCCAGCGAGCUGGCCUACAACGCUGGCAACAUCUGCAACCACUACUACUCGCUGGACUUUUUGCAGAACCGCGUGCCCGAUAUCGAGGCGAGCCUCGAGCACCACGUUGCCAAGAAGAAGAUCACCAGCGUCGACAUUGACUCUGGCGACGUGGUCAAGCCGACAAAACCCAAUGGCAUCAAGCUUGAGCGCUUUGUCUUUGACGUCUUCCCCUUUGUGCACAAGAUGGCUAUUCUCGAGGUCGACCGCAAGGACCAGUUCUCGCCGCUCAAGAACGCGCCUGGCGCCGGCGUCGACUGCCCCGAGACGUCGCGCAGCGAUUUGAUCGCCCAGUGCAUCCGCUUUGCCGAGGCCGCAGGCGCCACCGUGCAGCGCGCGGCCGAUGGCCAGGAGCCCAGCUUUGAGAUCUCUGCCCUGGUCUCGUACGCCGGCGAGGGGCUCGAGAGCCUCAGCGGCAAGACCCUGGCUGGCGACCAGCUCAUCACUGAUCUGGACAACAUCGUCGUCGUUUAAACGUGAGCAAAACGCACUUAUUUCGUAUUCUAUGUUUCUUUCUUCUCUAUUUUUCAUUUUGCAACAUGUACUGGCCUUUAAUGAUUGUUGAGGGAGUUUUCGGACAAAUUAAACUUUUAUUUAUGCAU